GAGUUAGAGGAAGAGAAUAAUCCAAUGAAAGCAUUAGAAAAUCGUACAAUAGAUUCGAAAAGGGAGAUGGAUAUUUUGGAUGCAUUAGAUGAAAUUAGAACAAGGAAUGCUCGAAACGAACGAGUUGAUGCGGACGCCGUAUUAGAUAAACUAGUCGAAUCGGAUCAAACAGUUGAAAAAACGGAAGAAGAAAAGUUGAACGAGGAUGAUGAUAGACUGGCCAAAUCUAUAUUCCAUAACAUUGAUGGAGAUACGGUUAGAAGGAUUAUUGACGAUGAUGAGCCAGAUCUCUCUGAAUUACUCUCUGAAUCGGCAAGGUCCCUGGAUUUGCCUAAAUUCACGGCGUCUUCAUCGUCAUCAUCAACAUCCAAGUCGACGGUAGGGAAACGAAAGGAUCUUGGUUCUGAUCUUGGUAUAGUGAUAAAAAGGAAAAAGCUGGGUACAUCUAAUUCGACAACGAAACCACCAUCUGUUGAAAAUAGCAAUACGUUAGGUUCUUUGUUGGGAAAUUAUGAAUCAUCAGGCGAUUCAGAUUCAUAA